GCCGGACCCCGCCCGUCUGGCUUGCUCCCUCCCACCCCCCUUCUCUGCCCCGGGCGGCCCAGAGCCCGGGGGGGGAAAAGACGUAGACCGGGAUGGUGCUGGCCCGGCCCUAACUCCGCCCCCAGCUUGGGGGUGGUGUGGCUCCGCUCGCAGGCUGCCUCCAGUCACUCGCUCGUUCGGGUGGCGCUAGCUCUCCAGGCUCCCGGCCCCGCAGCCUCAGCCCACUCGGGCCAUGACACCGCUGCAGCAGCGCCCGCCUCGGCGCUCUGCUCCCUCGCCGCGGCUGGCCGCGCUGCGCGCCCCGAGGGCUGGCCGCCUCCUGGACCUCCCUCUUCAGCUCGCUCUGCUUGUGCAGCUGCUCGGAGCCGCUACUCCCGCCGCCGUCCCCGCCGCAGCCACCGGCAACCACCCCAAGACUAGCCCCCGCAUCACCGCAGCCUGGAAAGGGCAGGAGAGUUACAGUUUUCUGCAGCCGGAGCCCCACACGGUGCUGUAUCACGAGUUGGGCACUGACUCUGUCGUGGUGGGAGGAAGAGGAAAGCUCUACCAUUUUGACUUCAUCCAGGGGAGAAAUGCUUCAGUAAAGACGGUGACUGUCAGUCCCAAUAAAACAUUCUGCCAGAAUCAGCUGGACUGUGAGAACUAUAUCACCCUUUUGGAGAAGCAGACGGAUGGGCUGCUCUUUUGUGGGACCAAUGCGCGCCACCCUAGCUGCUGGCAUUUGAACAACAAGACCAUUACUCUGCUUGGGGAAAGACGGGGCUAUGCCCCAUUCACCCCAGAUGAGAAUUCCCUCGUCCUGUUCAGUGGUGACCAGGUCUACUCCACCAUCAGAAAGCAGGAAUACAAUGGCAAGAUCCCAAGGUUCCGGCGCAUUGGCGGAGAGCGGGAGUUAUACACCAGUGACAUGGUUAUGCAGAACCCACAGUUCAUUAAGGCUACCAUCAUCAAUCAAGAUGAAGCCUAUGAUGACAAAAUCUACUAUUUUUUCCGGGAAAAUAAUCCUGACAAGAACCCUGAGGCCCCCAUGAACGUCUCCAGGGUGGCCCAACUGUGUAAGGGGGACCGAGGAGGCAUGAGCUCUAUGUCUGCCACCAAGUGGAACACCUUCCUGAAGGCCAUGCUGGUGUGCAGCGACCCGACCACCAACAAAAACUUCAACUGGCUCCAGGAUGUCUUCCUGGUCCCCAAUGCCACAGGAGACUGGCGGUCCACCAAGGUCUACGGGGUCUUCUCCAAUCCCUGGAACUACUCGGCCAUCUGUGUGUACUCCAUCGGCGACAUAGACCGAAUCUUUCGAACAUCCCCACUCAAAGGCUAUAGUGGGACACUGCCCAACCCACGGCCAGGCAAGUGCCUUCCAGACCCACAGCUGACACCCACAGAGACAUUCCAGGUAGCUGACAGUCACCCUGAAGUAGCCCAGAGGGUGGAGCCUUUUGGGACCAAGAAGACUCCCCUCUUCCAUUCUAAAUAUCACUACAAGAAAGUCCUGGUGCACCAAAUGCAGACCAGGAAUGGGUCCACCUUUGAUGUUCUCUACUUGGCCACAGACAAAGGAACAAUCCAUAAGAUGGUGGAAUCAGAACACGAGGCCUUUAACAUCAUGGAAAUCCAACCCUUCCGUCGCCAUCCAGCCACUAUCCAGUCCAUGACGCUGGACAAUGUUACGAUGAAACUGUACGUGAACUCUCAGUGGGAGGUCAGCCAGGUGCCUCUGGACCUAUGCAGCGAGUACCGAGGGGGCUGCCAGGGCUGCCUAAUGGCCCGGGACCCUUACUGCGGCUGGGACGACACACAUGGCCAGUGUGUCUCCAUCUACAAGUAUAAAGGGCCUGUGUUACAGUCUCUGGGUCCCAACGAGCCACAUACAGAAUGUCCAUCUAAGUUGGAGAAGGGCUCUGGUGAGGCACAGAGUGUCACCCUGGCCCGGAAUUCUCGAUACUACCUGACGUGCCCCGUGGAAUCCCACCACGCCACCUACUCGUGGCACCACGGAGACAAGAAGGUGCACCGCUGUGAGCCCGGCUGGCAGAACUCAGACUGCAUCUUGUUCAUCGAGAAGCUCACCGAUGAGCAGUACGGGCUAUACCGAUGCAAGGCCGAGGAGGGCACCUACAGCCGCAUCGCUGUUCAGUGGGAACUCCGCAAGGAGGCCACUGCGGAGCACCUGCUGAUGGGCGGCAGCGAGGGGGGUCCAGGCUCCCUGCUCUGCCUCAGGCUUCUGUCUGCACUGGCUGUUUUCCUCCUAUUUCAAUAAGGAUCCCUCCUCUGCUCUCAGACCCCCUUCCCAACACCUCCUCCUCCUUCUCAGGGUGUGGGACUUUGUGGCUUGCUCUUGCCCUCCUCUGCCACUUCUGGGGAGACACCCUUUGCCCCCCACCCUCCCCAGGUGCCUCUCACAACUGCUACAGGCCCAAGCCUUGCCUUUACCCCUGGGGGCUAGGGCUGGGGGAGCACAGAGCUUCUCCCCCACUUUCUUCAGGGGAAUGAACAUUUCUGAGCCAUAGGUCUGCUUGGGAGGCAUGGGGGGUGGUGGGGGGGAAAGGACUUGGGACAAAAGGAGAGGGGUCUGGUCUUGGCUGCACGUGGAUCCUGGGCUUGUGAAGAAUCUUCCCGGAGUGGUGGUAGGAGGGGGUAUGGAGAAGUGAAGAAUGUAGGAGAGAAAACCACCAAUGAAGAACAAGACUGCGAAGGGAGUAGGGAUUGUAUCCGGGACAUUCUCCCUUUAAGAAUGUUUAAAAGAAAAACAAGUCUCUCUUCAGACAUCACGGGAAGGAAUCAUCCACCAGAACUGAACGGGGGUGAUACAGGUGCAAGAGCUGGACUGGGGGUGGGGUGGGGGCUGCAGGAGGCAGAGGUAUUCCCCACCAAGGUCCAGAGGGAAGAGUUUGCCAAAGGUGAAUCAUACUUGGAAACUAUAUUGACUCUAUGCAUUGGGUGUGUAUGGGUGAGGGGUGGGAGGGGGCUGGACGGAAGGAGAGGGGUCAGGCAGAUCCCUGGCACUUGGCCUUGCCCUACCUCCAGGGUCCUUCUGUGCCCUAGCUGCCAGAGCUGGCCUCUGAUCCAUCCUGCCCCUGCCCAUGCCCCUCUCUUUACCUGUGGGGUCCAGGACCAGCUGGUGUAUCCCCAGGGAAGGGCGCGCCACCAAGCAGUCCAGGGUGGGUCCCUUCCCCUUUUGGUGGGGAAGGGGAGGGCCCUUUGAAGCUUGCAUGUUUAUCUAGGGAUGUUUCCUUUCCUGUGGGAAAGGACUUUAUUUGUAUUUGUUUAGCUUAUUUUAAGUCUGACAACUUCCGACUGCAUCCAAAUGAAUCUUAAACAAUGUUGGGAAGGGUGGGGGUGGGGGUGGGGAUUAGGUGUCCCAGCCUAGGGCACCUGGGGUUGGAAUCCUUAUAUGAGAAGGCUUAGUUUAGGGAUAGAGGGAGGGAGGGAGAGGGUGGGGACAGAGGGGAGGAGGACUGUCUGCUGAGAUCUUGGAGGCCUUGGGGAAGACUUCCUGGGCCCGGACUUGUAGCCCGGAGGAAAAACAAGGAGUUGGGGGUUAGGCUCAGGGCUAAGGAAGGCUGGACAAAGAAGGGUGUUGAUUUGAUCGGGGAGACAGUCCCCAGCCCCAAGGAGCCCCAAGGCCUGAUGGGAGAGACCAUUUAAAGUAGCUCUGGAGUCCCCUCAGAAUGGCAGUCAGAGGGGCAGGUAUUCCCUGUGACUUGGGAGUUGAGGGAAUUAUUGGGGGAAAAGGUUGGGGGUGGGGUGGGGUGGGAUGAGAAUGAAGGAAUAUAAUCGGUCCCAAUUUCAUGGUGUUCAUUUGGAAGGGGCUUGGUCCUCAUGGGUAAUGAGGGCUUGAGCCCCUGUUGGCCUUUGGAGUUGAGGGUUGGGGGGCAGAAGGGGGGCAUCCCAUUCUAAUCCCCUCUGUUGUCCCCUCCCCAAGGACUGUGCUUCCAUCCGGGUUCAUGCCUUCAGCUCAGGUCAUAUUCUAAUUUAGGAUAAACUGUGAAUCCCAGAAGGAGCUCUCCCCGGGGCGGUGGAGGCUGGAGCACCCGCUCCCCAGGGGUUUGGAGCAGGGGCUCUCAGUGCCCUUGGUCUGUCAUUUCAGUAGCAAGCCCAGGCAACCUUCUUCCUCUGUGCCCCAUGGGCCCCAGGCCCGGGAAUCUGGCCACCUUGAGUCUGCUAUGUCUCCUCUUGAUGCACUUUAAUAAUGUAACAUAUUACUAAUAAACAAGCUAUUUAUUUA